CCCAGAAGGAAUACAAGUAACAUAUACCAUGAAGGGUGUCUGAAUUGCAGAAACAUUUUCAUAUAUUAUGUGGACUGCCUUUUCUGUUGCUGUCUGAAAUGUGAAAUUAUCUAACCUGAAAACACAUGCCUCGAAGGACAAAAUCUCUCCUGUUUUAUCUGCUUACAAAUGUGACUAAACUUUGGGUCCAGAGUCCAAGUUUUAAGCUUUACAAUCCAAUUAUUUAUCCUUAACUGUUGUGCAAGAUCAGAUAUAAUGUGAGCACUACUACUUGAUCAUCUGAUACACCAGAAGCUGGAAGGACCUACCAGUUUAAUACUGAUGUUCCAUGAUCAUUUGAAAAACUCAGGAUAUUUAUGCUUGGCACGUCUGUGAUACAAACACAACAUCAUGGCCAUCAUCAGCUGCAAGAGCCUCCAUUCCAUGAAUGUGUAGGGGCGCAGUCAACACCUGUACAGAAUCAUGCAGGGUGAAAAUACUGUCACAAGACAAAUGCCUUCACUCAACUUCAACGGCUACGCCACAUUAAAAAGUGUGGCAGAGUGCAUGUUGGAUGUUACCUUACUCAUGUCUAAUACAACACAACUGGUUGGAGUUCUCGAACAAGGGCCUGAAUUUAAGUACUACAUUCCUCUUAUUAUCCUGAUUAGUCUCUCUCUCACACUUCAGAUUGUGAUUUUUUUCCUGCUCGUUUUUAGCGCAAAAACCAACGUGAAUGAAGUUGAAAACCAGGAAACUUUGACCAAGUGCAACAAAAUUACCAUUAUCCUCGUGGGGGCCACUCUUCUUAUAAACGUAGUCAUCACUUCGCUUGAUACACUGAAGAUAAACUCUUGACGAUCACAGGAAUCCCAACUCCUACAUUGGGCAGGUGAACCUAAAGUGCAGCAGAACCUGCAAGAUUAUAGUAGCAUUCCAACGUAACUCUUCCAGAUUUUGUCUGUUGUUUUGUAACUUUUCAACAAUAAAUUUUGAAUUUUAUUUUGCAUUAGUAUUUAUUAAUGCCAAAGCUUGUCUUGUAAUAGGUAUAGGGAUAGUGGAGUUUCAUUGCUUGAAAUUGACUUGUUUUGUUCACACUGAUGUUUUGACAUCAGGGUAUGUAUUUUUCCAUUCAACUUGCUUAUUGUUAACUGUUUUUGCUUAUGUUAUUGAUAAGCUAUAAAGUAAUUGACCAAAAUUGAAAUAUGCAUGAGUGUUUUGCAGCGCAAUAUAAAGCAACGUGUGAUGUUAAAAGGCAACUAAAAUGUUCUACACCUACCCUGAAGUGAUUAGAAUGAAUGUGGAUUAGGCUUAAACGGACAUCUGAACUGCUAAUCAGAUUUUACUUGCACUCACGUAUGAUCACACAAUGUCUGUUUACUUGUAAAUAAAUUUCUGCCUUUACCUAUUGUUCUGGACAGUGGACAAAGAAAUUUCACACUCAAACAUAUUAAAGCCUGAUUGUAACUUGGACAACACAUUAUGGAGCUGGAGCAUGCCACACAGCAUCAGAGGAACAGAAACAUUGACGUUUCGGGUCAGGACCCUUCUUCAGAAAUGGGGAGAGGGAAGGGAGCUCAAAUAAAUAGAGAAGAGAACCAGCUCAUAACAUGGCUCAUUUACAUUGUUGAAGUGACAUACAUAGGCGCUCUCUGCAAGUGAAAAGAAAAAGUUCCAGCUGAGCACCUCUUUUUAAUUAGCUAGAAACCAGGGAAGUAAUAGUUCCCUGUUGCUUUCUCUAAAGCAACACCACAGCCAAUUGGUUGAUUCGUCAAACAAUUUGUCCCUUUUCUGCCAUUAUAUAAAUUGUUUAAAACUAGCAAUUUUCUAUUUUUCCUGAGGAAUGCUAGACGAAAAGCUUCAGUAAUAUAGCAUGCUUUUCAGCAGUAUUCAGGUUUUGUUUUAUAAAACAGUUUUUUAUGUAAUGUAUGCCAUUUUUAAAUUCUUUUUAUUCUUUCUCUCAUCACACGUGGACUGCUCAUAUAUUCCAUAGGCUGAAUUUUACAUGCCCUACAUUUUCAGACCAGUGGUUGGCAGCAUAAAAUCCAGCUAGUACCCUUGUUACUGUCUACUGGCUCACCCUGACUUUGUUAAAAUGUUAUAUGGUGGGUGGGUGUCUGAUUCAAGUAAUGAUGAAUUAAGGAAUCAAUCAUCACUGAUAUUUUAUCUGUGGUGGGGGAGAACCAUGCAUACAGAACAUUUGACAACUUCAAAUGGAUGGGCUGGCAUCAGGCAAUGGAGGAGGAUUCUCCUCUGCAAACCUCAGACUCAGUGUAGGCAUCCCUUCUUCAACACUCCCUUGUGAUCUCUUCACCCUGGUCCUCCAACAACUUAACUCAGAACGCUAAUUCAGGAUUUAUCUACAGGGAAACUGGCAUUCCCAACAGUUGAUCCAACUUCCAGUCAUCCUCUUGAUUUCAUAAAAUCCUCACCCAUGGCAAUGACUUCAUAAUGAACAUUUAAACAUUGUGAAAUAUAUAAUUCCUGCAAGUCUGUCUCAAAAAUAAGUUUGGUGCAGGGUGUAUAUUUUGGCAAUCUAUAUUUUACUUUCUUAGCUAUGUAGUCAUUUAGUUAAGAAUUACAAAGGUAUCUGCAUUUAUGGCGAUUUAAUGUAACUGAGAAAGUGAUAGAUGAAUAAACAACAGUAAAGUUGUAGGUAUCUAUGAAACUGGGUGUUGUAGGUGGUCUAAACAAUUGUCAUAAUUGUUCCAUGAUUACCAUCUCCCUCUUGCUCAUCCACACAUUGCCUCUUCACCCUGCCCCAAGCAGAUAUAUCAAUACUACAUUGAUUGGGUAGAGUGGAUAAUCAGGACUCCACUUGCCACUAGUAGGUGAUUUAUGUAAAAUGCUGUACACUUGGAAACACUACAACUGUUUAAUGUCUGAUAGCUCUCCCAUUCUUGCAGCAAGUUUUAUUUUCCUCACUCAGAUGAAGCACAUUUGAAGUUUUUGAGGUGGGGUGGAAAUCUGUGUUAAAACCCAUGGCACCCCUUAGACAAAAAUCCAACCCCUUCCAUGUAAACAAUAUUGCAAGACUCCUUGAGGAAAAUAAGAGGUGAAGCUGCCCAGUCAUAAAAACCGAUACCUCCCACAAAGAGAAGAUAAGACCUUCAUAUGCAAGAAGAUAAAAGCAAUGUUCGUUAUGCAGAAAUUGAAAACGCUUCAUUGUAUUGAUCAUACAAAAGCCUUAAUAAAUAUAUAGACAAGGACAGGCUUUAACAUAAAAUGGGAAAACACCUAUACACAAAAUUUCCAAACUCCUAUCACCAAAAAGUAAAUUUCUCCCUCAAUUUUUCUUUUCAUGGAAUGAAAUUUAGGAACUUCCAAUGUUAGAGCUUGAUAAAUUAUGGGCUAGAUGAGCAAAGGUGUACAAUGGCAGUUCCAUUUUGUUUUAUCUAUUAUCCAUUGACCAAGUAGCAGCCUUUUCCAUUUUCCAGGAAAGUUUAAAGGGUUGUUGCUGUAACCUUCAUUUAGCUUCAUUUCUUACCCUGUAAACUGCAAAGAAGUCUAUUUCAAGGCAGUUAGUUUUAAUUCUCAAUUGACUAUAGCAUAGUUGAAACCUGCUUUGUUCAUUGCAAAAAGGUUGGUCCUGAAUUGUGAAAGUUUAAAUGAUGGAAUUAGCUGUGGGUUGCUCAACGAGCAUAAAUAUAAGACAUAAGGGCAGAAGUAGGCCAUUUGGCUCAUUGAGUCUGCUCAGCCAUUCAAUGAGAUCAUGGCUGAUCUCAAAAUUCUCAAAUCCAUUUCCAUGCCUUCUUCCCCAACUCUUGAUUCCCUUCUUAGUCUUAAAUAUACUAAAUAAUCCAGCUUCUACAGAGCUCUGUGGUAAAGAAUUCCAGACUCACUACCCUCUAAGAGAAGGAAAUCUUCCUUACUUGUCUUAAAUGGAUGACUCCUCACUCUGGGGAGGCUUCUGGUUCUAGAUCCCAAAACCUCUUAACAACCACCCUGUCAAGCCUCCCUGAAGAUUUUACAUGUUUAAUAAGACUGCCUAUCAUUCUUUUAAACUCCAAACAACUGAGGUUAAAGAUACUCAAACUUCAUAAGAAAAUCCCUCCAUACCUGGAAUCAACCUCACGAUUCUUUUCAAGUCUAUCUGUAAUGCCGCUGUCUCCUAGAUAAGUUGACCAAAAAUGUUCACGGUGUUCUAAGAGUGGUCUAAAUCGAACCUUGUAUAGUUUUAGCAAGCCUUCACCAUUGUUAUAUUCCAUUCUCUUUCAAAUAAAACCCAGUAUUCCAUUUGCCUUCCCUGUUACCUGCUGAACUUCCCAGUCUAUAUCAUUCAGGCUUCAUUCGUCACGAAUUUUUCACUUAUUUUGGUGAAACAGAAAUAUGAUGUCAUUUAAACUUUGGGUUUGAAUUUGAGAUCUUGCUGAUUUUGAUCCACAGAAAAACUCUUGAUACAUUGAGAUGAAUUUUAAUUUUAAAGCAGAUAAUUACUCAUUGGGAUCUUACACGCCCCCGCCCCCUUGAAAUGACAUGCAGACAGGUUCAAUGUUCAAUUGAAAGAAGAGGUGGGAUCUUGAAGACAGAAGACAAAUUAGAGGCCAGCUACUUCUCAGUCACUUUUUAAAAGAAGAGAAAGCACUCAGGCCACCAUAGAUAAUGGGAACUGCAGAUGCUGGAGAAUCCAAGAUAAUAAAAUGUGAGGCUGGAUGAACACAG